ACAAAACUCGCACUGACACUUCCCAAUCAGCUGAAAAAUUGACUUCUGCGCAAUCAGAGCCGUCCACUGUCCAAUGUAAACAAUUCCUUAUCGUGAAACAUGUCGAUUACUUUAGAUAUCAAAUUGAAAAAACUGAACAAAAUUUAUCAUGAAGGUGAACUUCUGGCUGGAGUGGUGCAGGUCAACUGCAGCACUGAAUCAAAACAUGAAGGAAUCGCCCUCAACAUGGAGGGUGUAGUCAAUUUACAGCUUAGCAGCAAGAAUUUCGGCAUUUUCGAGGCAUUCUACAACUCCGUGAAGCCAAUCCAAUUACUCAACACAACAUUGGAAUUGAGCGCGCCAGGGAAACUUUCCCCAGGACUAUCGGAGUUCCACUUCGAAAUUCCACUUACAACCAAUAAGGAGCCGAAAAUGCUCUAUGAAACUUAUCAUGGAGUUUUUGUGAAUGUGAACUAUCAACUGAAGUGUGAGAUUAAGAGGAAUUUCCUCGCAAAGACAGUCACGAAACUGCAGCAAUUUUGCAUACAAUACAAGCCAGAGAAGGAGGCGUUGGCGAGCACGGAAGUGAAUUUCAGCAUAAGUCCUGAAACUUUGCAGAAGACUGCAAAGGAGAGGAUAUCCAUUCCGAGGUUUUUGAUUACGGGGAAGUUGGAUAGGACGGAGUGUUGCUUGACGAAGCCUUUCACAGGAUUUGUAACCGUACAACAUACAGAAGUUGCAAUCAAAUCAAUUGAAAUUCAACUAGUACGUGUUGAAACGUGCGGAUGUGCCGAAGGAUAUUCACGUGAUGCGACUGAAAUACAGAAUAUACAAAUAGCAGAUGGAAACGUUUGUCCGAAAGUGCAAAUACCAAUUUUUAUGAUAUUUCCGCGAUUAUUUACAUGUCCAACGUUAAUAACGAAGAAUUUCAAAGUUGAAUUCGAAGUCAAUUUGGUGAUUGUGUUCAAGGAUGACUAUUUGGUGACAGAAAACUUCCAGAUAGUCUUGAAGAGAUGGAAUUAACAGCGAUGGAGGGGCAUACUAACGAUGGAACAGGAUGCAGCGAAUAUUGCAAUUUCGAAUACUUGUUAUAGACGUACUUUUAAGAGCAUUCACUUAUACUUUACAAUAGGCCGUUUAACGUAAUCUUGAAUAUUUAAUUCAACUCUACAGCUACGAUAGCACUCUCUGAAAAGAAUUAAAUUCGAAUAAAUUCACAAAAAGGAAAA